ACAAGUAACUUUGUAAUCAAACGUUUAAGUUUACAACAAUCCAAGUUUUUUUUCGAAAAAGAUUUUCUGUGAAGUGUGAACAUUUUUUUAAUUGUUUUCUGUUAAAAAAAUCAAAAUAAACAAACAAUUUUAUCUAAAAAUGGCUUUUAUUAAACAUAUUUUUGUGUGUUUAUGUGUAAUCAGUUUGGUGGCAUCUUCAGCAAUUCCAAUGUGGGAAAUGCUUGGACGUGAAGAAAAGAUGGCCUAUUUAUACGCACAAUUUAUCAAUCAAGUUGAAGAUUUUUGUUCGUAUUCACAAAUGUCUAACUGUCGCAAAGAAUUAACUAAACAUGGUCUUGCAAAAUUACACUCAAUGCCGGAAGAUCAUUUAGACCUUAUGGAUCCAUUCCAACGUGGGGCACAUAAUAUAAUUUGGGAUUCAAUGAUGGACGGACAUGAAGUAUUAAAAAAAUCAGUCCCAGAAACACCAACCACAACAACAGCCGCUCCAACAACCGAAAAACAUGUACCGGCCUAUGCAUUUUUAACUAAUCCACCACGUGGAGGUGCUCGCCCACAACGAGUUUCUAGUAUUCAAGACCAAAUUCAAGAAUAUCAAAAGAAAAAAUCUUCUUCAAAUUAUUUAGAAAAUGAUUUGUACACUGAAACAAAUUAUUUAAAUACAGCAGCUUCAUCUAAAUUUGAAAAAGUUGUACCAGUGACGAACGAUUUUGUUGGACCAAUGGUUGUGCGAGUGAAACCUGAUGGUACUUAUGUCGAUACUCGAGUACCAAUUGAUGAAGAUUUAAUUCAUUAUAAAAUGGCUAAAACUAAGGUUCCAAGUAUGUUGGAUACUUUGGUUGAUGCUUUACGUCCAGUUAGAAGUACCUACGAAUCUCAACCCUAUGCUGUUUAUGUCAAACCAUAAGUUUAUUCAUUUUGAAAGAAAUUCACUGCAUAUUAUUUCAAAAUUCGUUUGAAAAAUUUUUGUU